AUGGGCCUUGGGAAUGGACUCACCUUCAGCCCUGGGCUAUCUGUCAUGUCGUCGUACUUUAUGCGCCAUCGAGUCGUGGCGGUGGGUUUGGCGGCUGCGGGGGCGGCGACGGGAGGAUUGGUUUAUCCUAUGUUGAUCGAUCGGUUGCUGUAUGUUCAUGAUAUAGGGUUUGGGUGGACGGUACGUGCCGCUGGGCUGGUGAUGUUGGUGACGCAGAUUCCGGGCUUGGUUUUAUAUCCACCGUGUACGGCACAGGAACAGCAACAACCAGAUCAGGCGCAGACCAAGUCUACGAUCAUCGACUGGGCAGCUUUCAAGGAAAGACCCUUUGUGUUUUUUACCAUCUCCAUGUUCUUGAAUUUCUGGGGCCUAUACUUCGCCUUCUUCUACCUGGGUACCUUUGCGCGCGAUCGCCUGGGCAUGUCCAGCACACUGGAUCUCAUCCUGGUCCUGAACGGUGUGGGGGUUAUCGGGCGCAUCGUGCCCAGUAUAAUCGGCGACCGUAUCACAGGACGCUUGAACAUACUCAUUCCGAUCAGUAUUGCGUCUGCAGUUCUGAUCUUUGCUUGGAUGGCUGUCUCCUCUGUCGCGGGGCUGUAUGUGUUCACUGUUUUUUAUGGUGUCGUUGGAGGUGCUGCACAAUCGCUGUUCCCGGCCACCGCGACAACUAUGACUCAGGAUCCACGCCGCACUGGGACCCGGUUGGGGAUGAUUCUGAGCGUGGUAGGCUUUGCUACAUUAACUGGGCCUGCGAUUGAGGGGGCUUUGAUCCAACAGGAAGGGGGGAGUUAUAUUGGUGCGCAGGCUUUUGCGGCUGACGUGAUCAUGCUGGGUGCGCUGCUUGCUGUGGCUUGUAGGGUAGCAAAGACAGGGCUUCGCUUGCGUGUUACGGUCUGA